AUGCCCGCGAACAACCGCUUGCCAGCGUCCCAACCCACAUCCUCCCCCACCGGCAAGAACGUCUCCAAAUACACAAACAAGGACGGUUCCAAGUUUAUCGCCCUUCCGAAGGCUCCGCUAGCUGCCCAGUCUACCCAAACCACUUCCCCCACCUCGGCCAUCAUGCCUGCUCCCCAGCCUUCCGUCCUGGGGGCCUCGACCAACGGUCCGCCUUCGGGCGUGAAUCCUAAGAAGCAGAAGCGUCGACAAAAGAUUGCCGCGAAGGCCGCCGCCGCCGCCGCCGCGGCGAACGGCCACAGUCCGUCGCCCACACCUUCUGACUUUCGAGUCGCCUCAACGACCCACGCUCCUAUCCCCGCUACCACGGAAAACGAUGGCAACGCCGCGUUGACUCCCCGCCCUACCCAACACCCAUCCCAACCUUCGCAGAGCUCUGUACUUAUUGAAAACGGAGCCCACCCGGAAGGUGAUGCCGAGGCCGCUGGUGCCCAGACAAAGGGCAAGAAGAACAAGCGUAACAAAAAGAAGAAAAAGAAUACGCCCGGAAAUCCAGCUGAAGCUGAGCACCACCACCAUAACCAUGCCCCCGCCCGAAGCUAUACCGACGACCGCUUCUGGAAUACCAACUCCAACGAAGAGCGCGAACGCAUCAAGACUUUCUGGAUCAACCUGAGCGAGGAGGAGCGUAAGAGUCUCGUUAAGCUCGAGAAAGACACCAUCCUCAAAAAGAUGAAGGAGCAGCAGAAGAACACAUGCAGCUGCGCCGUGUGUGGUCGUAAGCGAAGUGCCAUUGAGCAGGAACUUGAGGGUCUUUACGAUAGCUACUAUCGAGAGCUCGAGAACUACGCCAACCGCGCCGACGGAUCCCUUCUCGGUGGCCCCGGCAAUUUUGCUCUCCAUACCCCCCGAGACAAUUCCCUCAUCUACCAAGGGGCCGUCCCCUCUCGCGCUACAAUGGUUGAGCAUCUCGAUCCCGACGACGACGAGCGGGAGGAGGACUACAUGAAUGACGAGGACUUCGACGAAGAGGAAGAGGAAGGCUUCAGCGAAGAUGAGGAUUCCGAAGACGAUCGACGAGCCGAUGAUCGCGUCAUUGCAGACUUCCUAGACUUUGGAAACAGCCUGCAAGUCAAAGGUGGUAUCCUUACCGUUGCCGACGAUUUGCUCAAGAACGACGGUCGAAAGUUCAUUGAGAUGAUGGAGCAACUUGCGGAACGCCGCAUGGCACGAGAAGAGAGUGCGGGUGCCUCCGCCGCUCAACAACCUGGAGGUUAUGACGGCUACCCUCGAGUGAGAGAACAUCGCACGAACGGUGGUGGGUAUGUGCUUCCAGAGGCUCACGACGACGAUGACGACGAGCCUGAUCAUGAGCACGACCAUGAUGAUGACCACGGUUACGAUGACGAUUACGACCACGACCAUGUCCACUCGCACGCCCAUAGCCACGCCCAUCACCAUCCCGAUGGCCAUCACGUCCACGAUCACCACGAUCACCACGGUCACGCAUGCCCCGAUGACGACCAAGAAGGAGAGUAUGAUGAAGAGGACGAUGAGGAGUAUGAUGAGGAUCAAGAGGGAGACUAUGAUGAAGACGAGGACGAGGUAGAGGAGGCUAUGACGGAUCAGCAGCGGAUGGAAGAGGGCCGACGAAUGUUUCAAAUCUUCGCGGCACGCAUGUUUGAGCAAAGGGUCCUUAGCGCUUACAAGAAGAAGCUGGCGUCCGAACGCACCGAAAAGCUUCUUCAAGAGCUCGAUGACGAGAAGCGUCUAGAAGAGGAGAAGAAGGCCCAGAAGGCGUCCAAGGCUGCGAAGAAGCGCGAUCGCGAGCGACAAAAGAAGCUUGCGAACCAGGAGGCUAAGGCCAAGAAGGAGGCUGAGAGGGCUGCCGAGGAAGCAGCCAAGAAGCUUGAAGCUGAGAAGCGCGCCGAGGAGCAACGGAAGCUGCACGAAGAGAAGCGAAAGGCCAAGGAGGCCCAGAAGAAGAAGGAAGAGGAUGAGCGUCAGCGGAAGGAGGCUGAGAGGUUGAAGCGGGUACAGGAACAAGAGCGGAAGGCCAAGGAAGCUCGCGAGGCCAAGGAGCGCGAGAAGAGGCUCAAGGAAGAGCAGCGUCAGAAGGAAAAGGAGGCCCGCGAGGCGAAGGAGAGACAGGAGCGCGAGAGAAAGGAACGCGAGCAGAGGGAGCGCCAGCAAAAAGAGCGUCUGCAAAAGGAGCGUCAACAGCAGAAAGAGCGCGACGCCCGCGAGCGCAGGGAGAAGCACGAGGCCCAGGAACGCGAGAGAAAGGCAAAAGAAGCCCAGGCCAAAGGCGCCCGCGAAGCCAAGGAUAAGGCAAAGGGUCAAAGCAAGUCAUCCUCGUCCAAAGGUCCCCCAGCCUCGUCGGCGGCCCCUAAGACUCCGUUGGGAAAGAAGCAGCAGCCGUCCGCCCAAGCAGCGACUCCGCAAUCCUCUCAGGCCACGACAAACUCUCUAACUCAACAUCACGCCCCCCCUCCUACUACAUACGCAUCGCCCAAGGUCCCCGUCGCGACUCCAAUCAUUCCACCGAGGACUGCGCAUCCCAUUCGCUCCCGAACCUCGUCGCAACAGCAUGAUGUGUCCGCCCACGGCGGAGUGACGCCGCAGCCCGGAGCACCGGCGAGCCUCCACGGUUCGCCCCAUGCCGCGACUCCUAUUCACGCAAGCCCUGGAACGCUUGGUUCUCAGAUCAAUCAUGGCCCUCCUCCCCUGUCGAGCCUACCACACACUGGUUCACCAUCCAUGGGAUCUCUCCGCGGUGUUGUUAAUACCCCGCCCCCUCCUCUCCCGCCCUUCGGAGUCGGCCGCGGCGUUGCCAUGCCUCCUCCUCCCCCCGGCUUCGGCCAGGUCCCCCUCCCACCUGGCCUGCAUAAUAGAAUGACGCAGGACCAGAUGUUCCCUCCAUCUCAGGCUGGCUUUAGGUACGGCCACGAUCUGAUGCAAUUCCCUCCCGGUUUCACGCCUUCUAUCAUCCGGCCCCCGGCCUACGGUGGUCCUCCCCCUCCCCCGGGAUUCCCUCAGGUGGCUGGCGAUCCCCUCAUUGGACUCAACCACGCGUUUAGUCCACUCCCGGAUAUGGGUGUUGUUAUUCCCCAGCAGCCUAGACAGUUGUCGGGAAGUUUGGAUCCCUCGCCGUCUCCUCUUUCUGGACAGGCCAUCAUCCGUCCCGCGCCCAUUGGUCGCCCAUCAAGUGUCGUUCACGGACAACGUUCCACUGACUUGUCUUCCCACGAUGUUGGUGACGAAGAGCAAGAGCACCUGGGCAGCCGCGCAUUACUCGAUGACGACGCGGAGGACCCCAUCAGUCUUGACCAGGCAUCCCUUAGACGGGGAACUGCCGCGCCGGGACCCAAUAUUCGAACCCAAUUCCCGCCUUCUGGAUUCAUGGACACUGCCUUUGGCUCACCUUUCCAUACUCAAUGGGGAAGUUCUUCCGCCGGGGCCUUCAGCCCCCAGCCGACAUUGGGCAAUUCACUUUGGUCCACCCCAGGUGCUCAGUUUGGAGGCGCAGUCCCCCCUGUUGGCCAGCUCCGUGGCAGACCACCUGUGAACGCCGUCACCCUUCGUCACAUGCUCUGUCAGGCCUGCCAGUCCCUCAGCGAUAACGGGCAGGCGAAUGCCGACGGUUACGUUGACAUCGGCGCUGUUAAGGCGAACAUCUUGCAGAACAUUGGCCACGAUGUCCCCGACGCCGAGCUCCUAGCCAUUUCGGAGACAGAGGGUAACGUCCAGAACGGUGGCGGCAGCUUCGACAGCAUCACCGACUCCGGCCGACGACUGAUUCGAUGGGUAGUGGCGACCGGCGCCCCCGAUAAACCCUCUCAUCAUCCCCUUGGAGCUCCCGGAGAUAUUGGAAGUCCUAUUAUUGGCGGCGGUGCGGCCCCAGGAGCCGGGCGAGGCGCGGAACCCAUCAGAAAUAUUUGGUCCGAGCACGAGAGUCGUGGCACUCAACCCAGUCUCGCCCUCACUUCCAUUGCCUCCCACGUGGGCCUUAGCAAGUACCACAAUCCUCCCCUCAUUAGCUCAGAUGAGGCAUUCUGUGAUAAACAAGACAAUCCCUGGAUUGGUGUGAAGGCACUCUGGGGUUCAGGUAAGGAUAAGGAUGCUAUCUCUAAACAGAGGCGCUCUUCUCCAUACUUUGGAAAUGACCUUUCCUGUCGCCCUCCUGUUGACCUACUCAAGCUUCGUCAACCCAUUGCAUCCCCAUGCUACACCUUCAGGCCUAGUCCUGAGGUUGAUGCAAUCACAAGGGAAACCACACUUUCUCCUCGUCACCCUCCUAGCCUCUUAAAGAGUUUCUACUCGGAGACUUUCCAGCCAGGUAACAUAAAGAGAAUGGAAGCCUUUGAGUCAGAGAAGCGCUUUCGGGCUCAUUUGAGUGAAAACCCUCAAGAUGAGAGCAUUGGACGCUUCCGUCUGCCUUUGCGCUUCCGAGGCCUGCAGAAACUUGGAGAUAAGGAGAAGGAGACGAAGGAGGAGAAGGAGGAGAAGGAGGAUAUUCAGCAACAGGGAGACAAACAGGAUGAUGACAGUCAGCAGGGUGAUGGUAACUGA